GUCAAGUUUACUUCAAACCCUACUCUCCGUUAGCAGCAAACCUCACUGAAAUACACAAUGGAUGGUGCCAAACCAGUUAUUGGGAAAAGGCGCAAAAGACAGGCAAACGAUGCAUGGGGCUCUGAUUCCGAACUGGAAACCGAAACCAGGGCAGCUCCCCCUAACCACCCAGACAGUGAUGCCAAGUCCGAUCUCCGUGAAAGAGACGAGUUUUCCAAGCGCUUGAAGCACAAAGACACUACAACUGAUACGGGCAAGACUGUCACCAAAUACGCAUCUGCCGACAUCCAGGAAUUAAGGACGCUUGCCAGACAAAAGUACCUUUCGAAAAGAGAACAGGACAAGCUCUUCUUGUUGGAAAAAGAGGUUGAGAGUUUGGAAAAAGACGUCAUAGAGUAUGGCUGGGACAAUUUGACUGAGCGUGAAAGAAAGGAUAUCGAAUACAAGCGAGAGGUCAUGCGACUCGUGACUGAGAGGAGAAACCUUGAGCAGGGGGACGACGGGUACAAGCUACCGGAGACCUACAUGACUAGCAAGGGUAAAAUCGACACCAAAAGAAAAGAGGCAGCCUUGCAGUUAAAAUACAAAGAGGAUAAACAGAGCAAGUCUCACAACCGAAACGAUAACUGGGAAGCAGAGCAGGUUGCCAAGGCUGUUAAGGGCACCGACGGCCAAUACAAGCCCGAUGAAAUCGUUAUCCCGGGCCAGGAAAAAUACGAAUUCGUCUUUGAUGAGUCCCAGGCGAUCGACUUUUAUGCUGAAAAUCUCGACGGCGAAGCAAGCGGGGAGGUUUCGUAUUUGGAGCAGAAGAUUAGGGCAGAGGAGGCUAGAGUCAAGUCGUUGGAGGAGACCCGAGUGUCCUUACCCGUCUAUGCCUAUCGUACUGCCCUUCUAGAGGCGAUCGAUAAGUUUCAGGUUAUGAUCAUUGUCGGUGAAACCGGUUCCGGUAAAACCACCCAGCUCCCCCAAUACCUCCAUGAAGCGGGCUACACGAAAGAUGGCAAGAAAGUCGGGUGCACACAGCCACGUAGAGUGGCCGCUAUGUCGGUUGCAGCCCGUGUUGCUGAUGAAAUGGGCGUCAAGUUGGGAAACGAGGUGGGUUACUCGGUCAGAUUCGACGAUAGGAGCAACGAAAAAACCAUCGUGAAGUACAUGACCGAUGGUAUGUUGCUUCGAGAGUUUCUCACGGACCCAGAGCUCUCGGGUUACUCUGCACUCAUGAUUGAUGAAGCGCAUGAGAGAACCUUAUCCACUGAUAUCUUAUUCGGCUUAUUGAAGGAUAUCAUCAAGUAUCGUCCGGACAUGAAGCUCCUUAUCGCUUCUGCCACAAUGAAUGCCAAAAAAUUCAGCGACUACUUCGAUGGUGCACCAAUCUUCAACAUUCCCGGUAGAAGAUUCCCCGUCACUAUCCACUACACCAAACAGCCGGAGGCAAACUACUUGCACGCUGCCAUCACCACUGUGUUCCAGAUCCACACCUCCCAGGACAAGGGGGACAUUCUAGUGUUUCUAACCGGGCAGGAUGAGAUUGAAACCAUGGCUGAAAACUUGAACGAGACUUGCCGGAAGCUCGGGGAUAAGGUCCAAGAAAUGAUUGUGUGUCCGAUCUACGCCAAUUUGCCCCCGGAACUACAGGCCCGUAUCUUCGAGCCUACACCUCCCAGCGCCCGUAAGGUGGUUUUGGCCACGAACAUUGCCGAAACGUCCAUUACUAUCGACGGAAUCGUGUACGUUAUCGACCCAGGGUUUGUGAAGGAAAACAUCUUCAACCCCUCUACCGGGAUGGAAAGUUUGGUCGUGACCCCGUGCUCCAAAGCUUCGGCUGACCAACGUGCCGGUAGAGCUGGGAGAGUGGGCCCAGGUAAAUGCUUUAGGCUCUUUACCAAAUGGGCGUAUAGUAACGAACUUCCAGCGAACCCCACCCCGGAAAUCUUGCGGACAAAUCUUUCUGGUGUUGUAUUGUUGCUAUUAUCUUUGGGGAUUAACGAUUUGAUCAACUUUGACUUUAUGGACCCACCCUCGAGUGAAACGUUGAUUAAAGCCUUGGAACUCUUGUACGCCCUUGGGGCUUUGAACAGCAAGGGCGAGCUUACGAAGAUUGGGCGUCAGAUGGCAGAAUUUCCCGCGGAUCCUAUGUUGGCCAAGGCGUUACUCCAGAGCGACAAGUACAGGGUUGUGGAGGAGGUUUUGUCGAUUGUUUCGAUGGUCGGUGAGUCGUCUUCGUUGUUUUUCAGACCCAAGGAGAAGAAAGUAUUUGCAGACAAGGCGCGAGAGGCGUUCAACAAGCCGGGGGGGGACCACUUGACAUUGCUCGAAAUCUGGGAACAAUGGGUCGAUACUGGCUAUUCCGUGCAGUGGUGCAAAGACAACUUCCUUCAGUACAAGACCCUCUGCCGUGUCCGAAACGUGAGGGAACAGUUGUCUCGGUUGUGUGACCGAGUAGAAAUUGUGAACAAGUCUGCAGACUUCAGUGAGUUCCAGGAUCCGUCGAAAAAGAGCAUUUUCAUUGCGAAAGCGAUUACCGCGGGGUUUUUCCCAAACACUGCCAAGUUGGCCAGAACCGGGGAAUGCUAUAAGUCGCUUAAGAAACAACAAGCGGUGUAUAUCCACCCGUCGUCCACCUUGUUUCCCUCCAAACCGCCUCCAAAGCUCAUUAUCUACCACGAGUUGGUGUUAACGAGCAAAGAGUUUAUGAGAAACUGUUUGGUGAUUGACGAAAAAUGGCUCAUCGAACUAGCUCCCCAUUUCUACCGCAAAGAGGAAGUUGGCCCUAAGUGAGAGAUUUCCAGUAUUACACAAAGGAUAUGUUUAAUAGAACCAUGAAUAUAUGCAGUGGUAGCAAAUCACCUAUUUUACGGUAUUCAAUCAGCACAGUAGGACUUGAAAAAAGGAGCUGUGACUGUGAUGUCCCCGCGAUACCCCAUACACACUUGAUUCAUAGUGCAUGGGACUCUAAAUAUCCCUCUCAGCAUUUAGCAAGCUUUUCAGAUUUAACCAAACUUUUCACCCACUUUGUAUCACCUCUUUCGGAUGUGUGUGGGUUUUGUACUCUGGCGAUUCCGUGGCGCAGUGGGUGGCAAGUGCUUCCCCACAGCCACCUCCAAAGUGCAGGCUAUGUGACCAGAUGAGAAAUCCAAAUCAUUAGCGGCCAAGCACUCACACCGCUAAGUAAAAUAUAAACCAAAACCUACUGUCG